GAAUGCCCUGUCUUUAUCAGUGAAGAUCAUUUGAAAGAUUAUUACGCUUGUGCACACGAUUCAGAGAAGCUGUUAGCCGUGUACUAUGUUUUGCUAAGAAAGAAUUUGCUGAAAUGUCGGUGUCGACAACCCAUGCAACUCUACCUGUCUUACAGUGACAUGAAUCCGAAACGUCUGUACUUCCGUUUUCAGAGAAAUCGCUGCAAAGUAUUUCAAUGGACAGAUGAAAUGCCUACCGAUCGCAAUCAAGAAUUAUGGAAUCCCAAUUUUGUGGAUUUCAAUGAUCCCUUGUGGGAAGACAUCUGCGCUCAUACUCAAUUCCAAACAACCCAAGACGCCAACAAGAUUAAAUUUCCUCUUGAAGUACGGGGCAUGAAAUACAGAGCAGAAGAUCGUGAAGAUUUGUUACGUAUCGUGUACAUGAUACGCCAAUUGAGACACAAGCAAGAGAUAUAA